UGCUGGGUUGAACAAGGCACAAGAUGAAGUCUAUCUUGGCGACGUGCGUGAUUGUUGCAACGGCCGUGAUGGCACAGGGCCUACUCGGAGGAGGGGGUGAAGUUGGAGGAGUACCUGGAGGCACGACCCCGGCUGACGUCGAAGAGACCAAGCCUUGGCUGUACAAAGCCCUUGCGACCUCCACCUCCACCUUUGUCUGCGUGAGCCGUAUUGUGUCGGUGGAUCAACAAGUGGUAGCGGGGAUGCACUACACGUUCCAUGUCCUCGCAUGUCCUGUCUCGUCCAAGCAUGACUCGUCGGAAUCCUGUGCGGUGGCCCAUUGUGCGUCGGACGUCGCCACGAGAUAUGCAAUCGACGUGUAUUCGAAACCUGGGAAAGAGUCGGUGGAACUCAAGUCCGUCACAAAGGAAACCGUGCAUGAAGUGUUGGUCGGUGGAUGGAGCGAAGGCUCGUUGGUCGACGCCACGUCUGACUUUUAUGCCGCCGUCCAGAGCGAAUCGAGCUACGCCAACGCCGCCAUCCCCCGCAUUUGUGCUAUUGACCUGCUCUCAGUGAACCAGCAGGUAGUGUCUGGGAUGAACUAUCAAUUCCAUGUCCGCGGCUGCCCCGCACCGACUGCCUCCGCGGCCAAGUACGGCUGCGCUUGCGGCGACUCGGCUGUCCAAGGCUACACCAUUGCCAUCUUCGCACAGUCGUGGACCGACACGUAUAAAGUAACCGACGUCACCACUGACACCCCGCUUCUGGGCGGGUGGACUCUUCGCACCAUCGAAGAUGCAGACAAGGAGCUGUUCUUUCAAGCCAUGGAUGCAGACACGAGCAACGCCGUCCACGUGUGUCCGUUGACCUUCGAUUCGCUGCAAGCCCAGGUCGUAGCUGGUACAAACUACAGAUACCACGUGAAUGGCUGCCCCAUUGAAGACGAAGAUUCGUCGUCCAGAGUACAUGUGGCGGACGGAUGCCCGGGGUGCACGGCAGCUCUGGCCAAGAAGUUCGAGGUGACCAUCCACCAGCCGCUCCUCGAUGCCCCACCUUCCGUUGCCAGUGUCAUCGACCUGGCUCGCGUCUCCCUCGGCAUGCAAAGCCAUCAGUCCGAAAACCAGGUCGCCAACUCGUUGGCCCUCUUGGCCGUGCUGGUCAGUGGCGUCGUCGUCGUGUCGCUGCUGCUUGUGUAUAAGCUGCGUCGAUCGCAGUAUGAAAAGCUCAACAACAUGCAACUUGCAGAUUAAUAAGACGUGAAUUCAAUUCGUUUAUCCUUUUUCAA